AUGUUUGCCAACACUCACAAGAAAAUCUCAGAAAAGGCUCAACAGGAGAUUACAAAGAUCCAAGAGGAGGUUGCAAAGAUCCAAAAGGAAGAACAGAAAUUAAAGCAAGAGACUGACAGGAUUUAUAAGGAUAGAGUCAGAACAUUUGAAGCUGCUCAAGCUAACAACAGGAAAGAGGUGACACAGACAGAGCACAACAAUCUGAUAGCAGUGGGUUACAAAGGCAAGAAUGAGAUAUCUCUACACAACCCAGAUGGAUCCCUCAUCAGGAGACUGCCUGCUCCUAUGAUUGAGGAUUAUCUAACAAUGUACAAUCACCGCCUUAUCUACACAAACUGGCUUAACAAACGGUUGGUAUGUGUAGACUACUAUGGUGCCAGUGUAUUCUCAGUAGACAUGACCAGCAACAUGCAGAGGGAUGGGUUGUCAUCUGGUGUGUGCUGUGACAGUGAUGGCAGCAUCUAUGUUGCUGUGUAUGGACAUCCACCGAGUAAUAUUCUGCAUUACAGUCCUGAUGGUAAGUACAUUGGAUGUGCGAUCAAGGGAUGUGGUUAUCCACGUGGCAUCACAUUCACAUCAGGUGGCGAUCUGGUAGUGGCUGCAGGAGAGUCUAUAAAGAUCUAUCACCGAGUGUAAGGACAGAUUAAUUAAAGUGGGGCUAUCCAGUGUAUCCAUGAACCACUUCCAUCAGACAUGGAACAUCGCUAUCACUGGGAAAGAACAAGUUCAUCCCCAUGAACAACAUUCUAUAAUACUGAAUAUUUGGUUUAUUUCUAAGGACUAUGGUCUUGGUAUGUUUUGCCUCUAAUACUUUAACCACUUUCCCUUUGGAAAAUCUUAGACUUCAACACCUAGCCUACUUCCUAUAAAAUCCUAGAUCUGGUGGCCCAAUAAUGAGAGCAAAGGAAUGGGGCAGAGUGCGCAUUUUAAAAAUAUUACAAAUGAAAGGGAAAGUAUUACCACGAUAGACUGAGAGCUGGAUAGUGUUUAAUCAAAAUUUUGGGAACAAAUCCCCUGAUUGUCUUAAAGCAUAGUAUCAUCGAACCUGAUCACAGAAUGGCCAUUCUUAAGCUUCGCUAGAUCAGACUAAUGCCCUUUGGCGCCAUGCCAAAUACAGCCAAUUUUACAUUUAAUCAAAAUUUUGAGAACAAGAACAAAACCAGUAUCAUUCGAUAGCUUGGAACUCGUAGAU